UUUCCUAAUUUAAAUGUAAUUCUGAGAAUUUAUUUAACCCUUCCGGUAAGCAAUGCAAGUGGUGAAAGAUCAUUUUCAGUAAUGGGUAAAAUAAAGAAUUUUUUAAGAUCCACGUUGGGCCAACAAAAAUUAAAUAGCUUAUCAUUACUUUAUAUAGAA